AUGAGGGCCCGGAUCGUCCACACAGCACUGGGAACGGGGGGUGUGUGUCAGAGCAGAUUUGUGGCCUUUACCACCAGAGAUGCUCCUCCCUGUUCUCCGUAUAGAGAUGAGAUCACUCUGGGGAUCCUCCAGCUGCAGGAGAGCAACCGUCUGGAAAUCCUGAAGAGGAGGUGGUGGGAGGGUGGGCAAUGUCUGCGAGAGGAGGACCAUCGCGCCAAAGGUCUGGGGAUGGAGAACAUUGGGGGCAUCUUUGUGGUGCUGAUUUGUGGUCUGAUCAUCGCUGUGUUUGUGGCCAUCAUGGAGUUUGUUUGGUCUACUCGUCGAUCGGCAGAAACGGAUGAGGUGUCUGUCUGCCAGGAGAUGCUGACCGAGUUCCGAAAUGCUGUGUCGUGCAAGAAGAGCUCACGUUCCCGUCACCGUCGCCGCAACCACCACCACCUGACUCACCUGGCGAGCACCGGAGUCCUGCGCCCGCCCUCGCGCCUCGCUCUGUCCGGCCCGCGCCCCAUCAGGCUGGUCCGUGACAUGCGCCUCAGCAAUGGGAAACUCUACAGCGGGGUUGGGAGCAGUGCCAUGCUGGGAUCCAUGCCGCCUGAUCUAGGGCCCGGUCCACAGAGACUUUUGGACGAAGCUCUGGGGCUGAACGUCCCCAUAGCCCCGCCCACAACACUUAUAUCCCCUCCCACAUCGCUAAUAUCCCCUCCCACUUCGCUCAUAGCCCCGCCCCCCCCUCCCCCUCCGCGCAGUUUCCUCCAAAACUGCAGCCACGUGCGCAUUUGCCAAGAGUGCCGGCGAAUCCAGAGCCUGCGAAGCCCGAGCAGCUACGCAUCUUCCCCAAGUGGUGCAGUUUCUCCGCCUAGAGCCGCGCCGCUAUCGUCCAGGAAGCUCCGCCUCCACUACCACUACCACCGCGGCUCCAUGUCCCUGCCGCGGCUGCCUCAGCAUGCGCCGCCACAGCCAAUUACUGCAGAGAGAGCAGACAGCGAUGGUGGGAGCGUGAGCAGCCCAUGGAGAAGCAAGGGUGCGAAACCUUUACCUCCACCCAGACCCGUGCCUCCAGCCAAAUCACAGACGUCUACGGACUUGCUAGGGUCGCACGACUGA